AUGCGCAACGUGCCGGGGCCGCUGCAGGAUGUCAUGAAGAAGCGCGCGGACCAAUUGGACAACUCGCAGGGCGACUUCAGUCGCAUCGCCAGCGCCAAUUCGGAUCGGUACUCAGUGCAGAUCGCGACGGUGUUCGACCAAGGUCCGUGGGUGGACAUGUGUCAGUAUCUGGGCAUGCCCGCUGUAUCAGGAACUCUGUAUGGUAGUAUCAGAAUUGGCAGUUUGAAGUGCACAGUUGGGAACAUUGUGGACAGUGAUGAAGCACUUACAAAAAUCCCGCAGCUGCUAGUGCUUAUCAAGUCUGUGCGCUAUGUUGACGAAGAAAUCGUGGCUGUUCUCCAUGGAUACUUCCAUCGCGAACUUGUUGAGCAACUAGGCCCUGCACUCGCUGCUGGUGUGGGUCUUCUGUUGUACAAGGUGUCGGUAUUUACACCCACCGAUGCACCAGUGACAGGAAGACGGAAGAGCUACCUCAACAUCACACCGCGAAAUGUUCGACACGUUUUCAUUGUGAAAAAUCAUUCAAAUAAUUCAACUGGCGAGGAUCCGGUUGAGAUAUUUAACAAAGCGAAGGAGAUCGAGACCCAGCAAGACAGUGACAAUGACGAUUACGAUAACAACCAAGCGUCCAGGAGUGAACAGGCAGCACGACAAUUGCUGCAACACAGCACAGUCCGUGACACGUCGGCCGAAUUGACCUUCCUCUCACAGCGACAGGUAAUUCAUCGUAAUCCACCCGUGCGAAUGGAUCCUGCAGCAACAACCACAAAUUCAAAAAAGAAAAGCAAACGAGGGAAAGGUGCCGCGUCCAGUAUUAACCAAGAGCAAGAGAGUGGUUUAGGCAAAUGGCAGUGGAGCAAAUUACUUAAGAAGACGACGAACGACGAGUCACCCGCUGAUUCGAGUCGUUCACAUGAGCGGCGUGGAUUUUUGGAUGCUAGCUCGCGACUUGUUAGCUUGAUUACCAAACAGAACGCAAGGAACAGGUAG